AUGAAAGAUAAUGAAUACCAAGCUACAGAACCCUUAAAUGAUAACGAUGAGGAGGAAAAUGUGGUACUCCCCUGCGACAAGUACAAAGAUAGACUAGCAUUCUAUUUAGCAUUCUUUAAGUCAAUAAUAGGUGGUGUGAUUUUUUUAGUUAUAGUUUACCUGAUGCUAUUUUUUGUGCCAUUAUUUUUUGUUCCCGAAGGACCACGUAUGUUUUUGCUGAUCAUGAGUAUUCUCUGUUUGCCUUACUUAAUGGCUUUAAUAUUAAUACCAUUUUCAUUUACUGCAAUUAUCGGAACUAUGGGAUUGGAAGGAGAGAUGAAAUUUUAUGCAGAGAUAGUUCGUUUUAAACCUUGCUCUGAUGUAGCCACAUGGAAUGUCAUAGGAUAUCACAUGGAUUUGUACUUCCGAGAACGAAACUGUAUUGUUCCAUUAUUUAAUGGCUCAGAUUACUACGACUUAUUUAAAAAGCUAACAUCCCCGUCAACAACUAAGGCAUGCUCUGAUCAACCCUCGAGUGCAACCCAGAAUCCCACAGAAAUUUUGGAACGCACGGACAACAGUGACCAAUUUGAUGAUAGUGCCACAAUUCAUAAUGAACAAAGAAAAGAAUCGCAGUUAAUAUAUUUGGAAACUGCCAGAGAAAAAGCAGUACAUGCGUUUAGAGAAUCUGAAGAUAAAUACUGGGUGUCACAGUAUCCAGAAUUUGCUGCCUAA